CUUGUUCACGCUGUGAGUCUGACGUUCUCCCGACUAGCCGUCCUCCAUAAUGUCGGCCCAUUCUCUCCUCGUAAACUCAUUGCUUCGCCCGCGUUCCAGUAGCCGAUUGUCAUCUCAAGUUAGACACCUAGCAACGCCAUCGACCUCAACGCCGAAGUCAAAGUCCAGCUUCCGUGAAACGCUGGUCUCCGGACCAUCACUAGACGACUUCAUCUCAGGAGAACCCAUAGAACAUGUAGUGCUCGGGAACACUAAAGGACCUCGGCUACCCAGCUUUCUGAAGACAAAGAUACCCUCGGGCGCAUCUUUCAACAAGAUUAAGAAGGACUUGAGGGGUCUUAAUCUUCAUACUGUAUGUGAGGAGGCACGAUGCCCAAAUAUUGGUGACUGCUGGGGCGGAAAGGAAGGUGCAACUGUGGAAGAGGGCAAGAGAGGAGCAACGGCUACGAUCAUGUUGAUGGGAGACACCUGCACUCGUGGUUGUAGAUUCUGCGCCGUCAAGACCUCCCGUGCACCACCUCCAUUGGAUCCUCAUGAACCUGAGAACACGGCAGAGGCCAUCAGUCGAUGGGGGCUCGGAUACAUAGUACUCACCAGUGUUGACAGAGAUGACCUUGUAGAUGGCGGUGCACGCCACUUUGCAGAAACCAUUAUAAAGAUCAAGCAAAAAGCGCCUCAGAUUCUUGUGGAAGCAUUAACAGGAGAUUUUGCAGGCAACUUGGAAAAUGUUUCUCUCGUGGCCAAGUCCGGACUAGAUGUUUACGCACACAAUGUCGAGACUGUGGAGGCGUUGACUCCCUUCGUGCGCGACCGCCGUGCAACAUUCCGACAGAGUUUGAAGGUGCUUGAACACGCGAAGAAGGAAGGUGUUCGCAUAACCAAGACAAGUAUCAUGCUUGGUGUCGGUGAGACAGAAGAGCAGGUCAUAGAUGCUUUGCAAGAACUUCGCAAAAUUGAUGUCGAUGUUGUGACAUUUGGUCAAUAUAUGCGGCCCACGAAGCGACAUAUGAAAGUUGACCGAUAUGUGGAACCUGCCGAGUUUGACCGAUGGAAACAAAUAGCUGACGAAAUGGGCUUCCUCUAUGUAGCUAGCGGCCCUCUUGUCCGCAGUAGCUACAAGGCUGGAGAGUAUUUUAUAGAGAAUGUGUUGAAAGGGAAAGCCACAGAGAACAGAGUGAAGAAUCUCGUUACACAAGAAGCAUCUAUAGGCUAUAACCAGACGACAUGAUCGUGUUGCACGAUGUUGUCUUACUGAUUUACUCUCCUCAUAAUGAUUUAAUCCACGGGCGGAUCCCUUUCUCUACUGCCGUUUCCUGAUGAUAUGAUCCAACCAGUUGUUUGUCAGCAACCCUUGCCUGCGGUUAAGCAUCACCCGAC